AGUUUGAGACAGCUGCAGUGUUGAACGGGAGACUCCACAAAACUACUCAAUUUUCUCUUAGCGCCUUUGGCCGCAACACAGAAAUGAGUGAGACCGACAAUGCCAUAAAAUUUGAGCCAAAAUCGCUGUUGAUCAAAAUAGUCAUCUGUAUUCUCGUCUUGCUGGUUGGAGCCGCAGUUUUCAUGGAAUUAGAGCGAACAAAAGGGGACCAAACUUCGGAAAAAUCCGAAGCGACGAAACUAAAGGAGAGCUUAGCAGAAAAAUACAAUAUAAGUGAAACAGAUUUGAAACGACUAGAGACUGCCAUCGGGCAGGAGGUGGCCGAGAAGGAAGACAGAGAAGGGCCAAGUCGCUGGACUUACAGCAACUCAGUGUUCUUUGCAUUUACAAUUAUGACAACGAUUGGCUACGGUCACAUGUCCCCACAAACAUGGCAGGGUCAGUUAUUCUGUAUCUUCUACAGCCUCAUAGCCAUUCCAGUCGCUGGCAUCAUGUUACUCAGCGUUGGAAACCACGUAAGCUUGGCCAUCCGGGUCUUCAUCCGCUUUCUGGAGAGAACUUGCCUCAGUAGCGUGAAAUCAGGGCGUGCAGAAUUGAAAAGCUUCCUUGUCACUUUCCUGCUCAUGGUACUGAUGAUCAUUUUUGGCGCCAUUCUGACGUCACAUACCGAUGGCUGGACUUUCAUCGAAGGAUGUUAUUUCACAUUUAUCAGUGUGUCUACCAUCGGGUUUGGGGAUUAUGUUGUCAAUGACGGUGAGCUCAAAUCUACAAACCAUGCUAAGACGUUUGCUGUUAAUUUUACGAUUGUGUUGAUUACCCUGGGACUGUGCGUUGUUUCGAGUGUCCUUUGCUCGGUCAGUGCUAUUAUUGAAGAGAGGCAGAAGCGAAUGCGAAUCCAGUUGCCUGAUUCUGCAACCAAUGCAUUGAACGCCGCUAACCUAGCCUUGAAUACAGUCACAAGUAAUCUUCCGUUGAGGCUAUCUACCAAGACUAAAUAAGCGGUUGAUGCUACUGUUGUUGAAAAAAGGAACGGAGAAAUAUAAGUUCAUAUAAGUCAUAAGCUAUUUGCUCCUUUCAAGUCACCAACUUUAGUGAAUGCAUGAGAAUACAAAGGCGAUGCAGAAAAGUUUAUCUGGCGCAGAAUUACUUGUUUUCAUACUAUCAAAAUAUGAAGGUUUCCUGCUCGAAUGACGGCUAUUCUCCAGCAGUUUGUCUCAAAAUGUAUUCACUGAGUUAACUAGUCAGUAAAAUUCUCUGUGCUGCCGAAACUAGAGCAAAUGGCAACUUUGCCUUGAACAUAAAAUGAAGAGCAGAAAAAUAUCAGAAUGACAAUAGAAAGGAAAGGGACUGGAAGAAGAGGAAGUUUAGAAGAAAUGGAGAUAAAGUUAGGUUCGUUUGCAGCGCCAUUAAAUCGCUACGUUAAGUUAAUCAUUAUUAAAUCUUAUUAAUUAAAGCUUGUCCCUGAACAUUAACUUUCUCGCCUAAGCCGUGUUGCCCUUUAGUUCAUGGUGUACCUCAAUUUCACCGGCUCCUGAUCGGACCUCCCGUGGUUUGUGUAGUUCAGUUUGCCGUUCCUGUGGUUCUUAAAGUUUCCGUGGUUGUUAUCCUAUAGUUCCCAAUUACCUCACAGUUGCAGUUGGUGGGCUUGGAUCGUCGUGCGUUUUUAGCAACCUCUAAAUAUUCUCACUUUUGUAUGAGUAUUGUACCCUCUCUAAGCAAAGUCGUAGUUCAAGCGAAUCGUACAGUCUACUUUUUAUUGUCUUUUGCUAAAGUUCAUGCAGUUAAAGGUACCAUAUGAGAGAUACCUCGAUAUCAGAAAACGUAAGCCACACUGAGUAAAACGAAUACUUUGUAGAAAAACGUAGUUACCGCAAGAAUAUUAAUAAAUGCCAAAAGAAAAUGAGGACCUUUAGAAACUUCAACAAAGAAGACAAAAGACCUGUUUGCGUGAUCAUAUUAAAAGGCUGCUUAAUUUACUAGACAAGUAGAUUCAAAAAAAUUUCAUUCUCUUUGCAAUACAUUUAUCUCAAACAAGUUUUAUGUUCGUGACAGAUGAUCAAACCACCAAUAUGAUCCGGCGUUCUUUCAUCGUUCCUCACAAACAAUAUAGCGUAGGUAAGGUCUCGUGAGAACCAUCCUUUGUACGAUUGUAUGUAUCUGAAUGGUUGUCGUGAGACAUCCGCUUUUAAAAAGGCCGAGACUGUCGUCUUUUGUACACAAAAGCAAAGUUAUCGACUCCAUUGUACAUGAAAUUUGUUCGCAAAAUAAAUUUUUGAUACAGCUA